AUGCUUGGCUCAAAAAAGGCUUCCACCUUAACAUCCUUCUGCCUGCGAAGGUUUCAGCAGCGCCUGGAAAUGUUUUCUCCUCAUCAAUUGAUCGGGUUUCGUUCUGCGGGCGCCACUCACCUUCCCCUCUCUGCGAGAAAAUCUCUUUCGACAUUUUUUUUAGUCACGACGGAAGCAAGGCGCCUUCAAAGCACAAGCACUGCGAACACACGAGGGGAUAACACAUUACUGUCAUCUUCUCCACGCCCUUCUUCGGCUCCACCUCCAAUUCAGCAACUUUACAAAUCUAGCCACCGUGGCCGCGGGGAUGUGGCGAUGCCCAAAAUCCACACCCCAAGGCCGUUAAAAACGGAGGCUACGAGGAUUCUCCCCUCUCGCUCCUCCUGCGCGGAGGAUACCGGUCCCAUUCCCGAGCGUUCCCUCACCCCUCUCCAGAAACGGCAGCUUCUUUUUAAGGAUAAGGCUGCCUUCGUUCUCACACCACAGGCCCUUCGCCGUCUGAAGUAUUUAAUCUCCCAGUAUAACGGCAACCGCAAUGGCUCUCCUGCGAACUCGCCAGAGGGUGCGAGUUCGAGCGAGAAGCCCGUGGGCAUCCGCGUUGGCGUGCGUCGUCGUGGUUGUAGUGGUUAUAGCUAUACUGUGAACUAUUACUUUAACGAUCGUGAUAGCGACGGGGUAAAAAAAGGCCCCGAUUCGUCGACGGCUACUGCUGCGGGAAAGCAGAAAGGGAGUUCCAGCGGUGGCGGGCUUAGCGAUGUAACAGUCGAGCAGGAUGGGAUAAAGGUGGUGGUCGACGGCAACGCAUUGUUUUAUGUCCUCGGCACCGAAAUGGACUAUGUUGUUCGGAAUGUGGAGGAAAAGUUUACGUUUAAGAAUCCUAAUCAAAAACAUAGCUGUGGGUGUGAAGAAAGCUUCAUGCCAUUCGGUGAGGAUGAUGACGACGAUUGA